CGGUUGGUGGUGUUUGACUUCAUCGGCUUCGCGCUCUGCCCUUCUACCUCGAACACGAUGUCGGGACGCGGCAAGACCGGAGGCAAGGCCCGCGCCAAGGCCAAGUCCCGCUCGUCGCGCGCCGGCCUGCAGUUCCCGGUAGGCCGUGUGCACCGGCUGCUGCGGAAAGGCCACUAUGCCGAGCGCGUGGGCGCAGGCGCGCCCGUGUACCUGGCGGCCGUGCUGGAGUACCUCACCGCCGAGAUCCUGGAGCUGGCGGGCAACGCGGCCCGCGACAACAAGAAGACGCGCAUCAUCCCGCGCCACCUGCAGCUGGCCAUCCGCAACGACGAGGAGCUCAGCAAGCUGCUGGGCGGCAUGACGAUCGCGCAGGGCGGCGUCCUGCCCAACAUCCAGGCCGUGCUGCUGCCCAAGAAGACCAGCGCCACCGUGGGCCCCAAGGCGCCGGCGGGGGGCAAGAAGGCCACCCAGGCCUCCCAGGAGUACUGAGGGAGCCCGCGCCGUGGCCGCCCAGCCCUCCCCACACCUCCACAAAGGCCCUUUUCAGGGCCACCACCUCCCUCACAGAAAGAGCUGAGCCACUGAGGGCCGGGCCGCCGCGUCCCCGUCCUACCCCCUUUCUCUGCCCUCGCGCGUUUUCUGCCUCCCCUUCCCUGCACGGCCUCUGGGUCAACCACGGAGGACACUGGCGCCACGGCGCCUGCCCACCCCGGAGCUUCGCCGGUCUCGUCUCGGUCUUCGAUGGGCCGCGCGGAGAG